UUUUAGGGUCUCUGACCUUUCUAAAGAAGAUACUAAUCUUAAGAAAAAUGGAAUUUUCACAAUAACGGCAACUGAACUCCAAUACCCAUACAUCUCUCCAUAUAAGACUGCGACUGAAAAUUACCCAACCCUCGGCAUCACCAUCCCAUUUCGUAUCAGAACUGGCUUAAGUUGGAUUGGAAAGCUGAGAACAUAGCAGAAGAGAAAGCAGUAGUCAUCAAGCUACACUCACUGUUCUUUUGAUUGAAUGGAGGAGGGAGUUGGAAAUGAGAGUCAAGAAGCGCCACUUGCGAAAUGGAGAAGUGAAAUGUCAAGGGCGUUUCAGUAUUAUCUAGAUAGAUCCACCCCUCAUACUAUGCGGAGAUGGCUAGGGACUUUGGCGGUCGGAUUGAUAUAUGUUUUAAGGGUUUACUAUGUUGAAGGGUUUUAUGUUGUUUCAUAUGGUCUGGGUAUUUAUAUUUUGAAUCUCUUGAUUGGGUUUUUGUCGCCUAAGGAUGAUCGUGAGCUUGAAGCUUUGGAUGGGGCUUCCUUACCCACCAAAGGUUCUGAUGAAUAUAAGCCUUUUAUUCGCCGCCUACCCGAGUUUAAGUUCUGGUAUGCCAUUACAAAGGCUUUUGUUGUGGCUUUUAUCUUGACCUUCUUCUCUGUAUUGGAUGUUCCUGUUUUUUGGCCAAUAUUACUGUGUUACUGGAUUGUUCUAUUUGUAUUGACGAUGAAACGCCAAAUCUUACAUAUGAUCAAGUACAAAUAUGUGCCUUUUAGCUCUGGAAAGCAGCGGUACACCGGCAAGAAUUCAUCUGCUAGUAGCAGCACAGCUAUGGACUAAAAGCUGCAGAUCCAUUAAAUGAGGCAAAAGGAGAUCACAGAUUGGAUUAGAUGCUGGGCUUCUUUAGCUGUUGCCACUUAUUUAGAAAUUUCAUGCUAAUAGACACAUCUUUCACUCGUUUAUUGAAUAUGUGAACUUCGGGGACAGCAGACUCGCUUUCCCCGUAUGCUUAUGUUAAUAUGUAUAGCUAACAGCAUAUGAUCCUUGGAGGAUGCUAAUGUUCAUUGUGCAUGCAUAUUGGAUGAAGAUUAGGUAAUGAGAUUUCACUACUA